UCAGCCUGAAGGAAGUAGUGAAGGAGCUAGAGAUCCUGUCAGUCCUGGCUAAGGGCGAGGAAGGCCCUGUUACUCGUGUUCCCUCGGUGGUUCUAAUCCGAGCUCCUCCGCCCUAUAACGAAGCUCCAGCUCCUAGGAGGCCAGAGACGCAGGGUGCCGCACCCUUGCUGGUCUGCAAGAAGCAUCUGUGUUCCAGCCCUAUCCCUGGGACCUUGCGACCCCAGCCGGGUGGCGGCCGGCAGAGGGCGCUGCGGAGCAUGGCCGGAGAGCGACCUGGGGCUUGGUUCGGCUUCGGUUUCUGUGGCUUCGGACAGGCGAUGGGCUCCGGGCGAGGGCGCCAGGUGCGCAAUCCUGAGCCGCUGCGGGCGGGCGUCGACGUUUGUCGCGUUAGCGCGAGCUGGAGCUACACCGCCUUCGUGACCCGUGCAGGUCGCUUGGAGCUGUCUGGCUCCACUAAUGGAGCGGCAGAGGACUGCAGGGAUGCUUGGGCCUCAGAGGGACUCCUCGUGGUGAUUCGCACUGGGACGGAGUCUGGGACUGAACUGCAGGCGUGGACGCCCGGCUCAGCGCUGCGUGGGGCGCCCCUUUGGACCCAGAAGCUGGCACCUGAGGCUGAGGUGGAAGACCAAGCACGAGAUGAGUCUGGAGCUGGCUCUCUGCCCCUGCUGCCGGGCGCCUGCGCCUACGUGAGUCCGCAGCCACCCUUCAGCUGGACUCUGGUCCCGGAGCUGCAGGCACGCCGGCUAGAGCUGGGCGCGGAACACGUGUUGUUGCUGUGCGCAGCUGGCCAGGUGUUCUCCUGGGGCGGGGGCAGGCACGGACAGCUGGGCCACGGGACGCUGGAGGCAGAACUGGAACCAAGGCUUUUGGAGGCGUUGCAGGGCUUACCCAUGGCCGAGGUUGCGGCUGGUGGCUGGCAUUCUGUGUGUGUGAGUGAAACAGGGGAUAUUUAUAUCUGGGGCUGGAAUGAAUCGGGGCAACUGGCCCUGCCUGCAAGGAACCUGGCAGAGGAUAAGAAGAUUUUUACAGAGGAAGGUCUGAAUGAAGAUGGUUCUGAAGUGAAUAGAAUAUCUGGGGCUGAGGAUGGAGCCCCUGCUCCCUUCAUAGCUGUACAGCCCUUCCCAGCUCUAUUGGAUCUUCCCCUGGGCUCAGAUGUAGUCAAAGCCAGCUGUGGAUCCCGGCACACUGCUGUAGUGACAAGAACAGGAGAGCUGUACACCUGGGGCUGGGGUAAAUAUGGACAGCUUGGCCACAAGGAUAGCACCAGCGUGGAUCAGCCCUGCCUUGUGGAAUACUUUGUAGAGAAACAGCUCCAAGUGAAGACAGUCACCUGUGGGCCAUGGAACACCUAUGUGUAUGCUGUGGAAAAAGAGAAGACCUGACGUGUGAAUUUCUACCAGUUUUAGCUUUGACUGUCUUGAAGCUGCUUUUAAAAUAUAGACACAUUUAGAAGUGGAACAUCACUGAAAGUGGCAAAGUAAGAAAACUCUGGGUUCAUCUCCCACAAAACCAACUAAUAAAUUGUAUGGUCUUUUUCAAAGAAUUGUGGUUGUGGGUUUUGACUUAUCCUGUAGGCUCUCAAGAACUGGAUGGUUUUAUU